UAGCAUGUUACAGAUACUCCUUUGCUUAAAGAUAUUGAAAUGGAUGAUACUUUAGCAAUUAUCGAAUUGUUAAACAAUAAAGUCAAACAUGGAAUGGAUAUUUUAAGCGCCUCCGAUAAAUAUCUUGAAACAGUAGACGGAGUUUUGCCAGACAAGAUAGAAACAAUGUCGAUCGCUACGACUUCGGUUGAAGGCAGAACAAUGCGUGUAAACAGUGACGGGCCAUUGUUUCCAAGGUUUCUAUCCUGUACGACUCCAGUUGCUGCCCUUUCAGAGGAUGAGGAUGAAGUACCAUCGCGAAAUAUAUUAAAAAGACAAGCACAGUUGCUCGUCGAUACCAAGAGUCGUCGUAAAGGAUUCAUUUUUAGAAGAUGAAUUGUACAAAUAUGAAAAAAAAACCAGCUGUUGUAAACCUAUACUUCGAUCUAUAUUUUGAA